GCUGAAUCACUCAACCGUGAGCCUCACUUCACUUCUCUUCACUCUCGCUUCUCAAGUCCGUCCGUGUAGCCACUUCCCCCAAGUCUCCAACCCCUGCUCUCUUCUUCUGCGAGCUCGGCCCAUCCGUCGUCUUCGUCUUCUCGCCGUCGUCUCCGUCUUCUCGCCGUCGUCUCCAUCUUCUCGCCGGAAGAGAAACCCACUAGCAGAACUGCCCCAAGCCCCUUCUCCUCUCAUUCCCUCAGCAGAGCUACUACCCUCACUCAACCUCAACCAAAGAGAAACCCUAGUCUCCACCGCCGCAAGGAGUUCGCUACCGCCGUAAGAAGGGGUGACACAAGCCCUAGCCACUAGCCAGCCUUUAUCGCCGCCGCCAUUCAGCUCACCACCGCCAUCCCACCGUCGUUCGGUUGUCCUUCACCGUCCAGUCUGACGCAGCCUCCAAUCACUCUGCUCUUUCGGAAGCUUUUUCGCGUCUCGUCGCAGCUCCAAUUCGGUGGUCGCCCGUCCUCCGUCCGUCUGCUGCUCGUGGUCGGCGUUCUUGCUCCUUCUCCCUCAAUUCAGAUGGAAGAAAAAGCAAACCCUGACAAGCCAUUGCAAGAAACACCUUGACAACCCUGAACCGUCAUCACUCUCAGUCUCGGUCUCAGUCUCACUCUCUAAGGAGUUCACUGCUACACUCACUCAUCACAACGCCAGCACCAACCUCCACCCCUCCACUCAGUCACUCCUCGCCGUCGCCUCCAGUCGUUCGAUAGUUUGCCGCCUCUGUUCGCUCUUCGGCCUCUAUUCGCCCCUGCUUGCCACUUCUGUGGCACGUUACACACACAAAUAAUCAAAAUCCCUUGACGGUUGGCACCAAUCAUGGACGAAGAGGAGAAACCUGAUUCUCCUCCUCAACCUCUUCCCAACAAUGACGAACAUUCUAGAAGAAACCGCAUCAUUGCUAACCUCAAAGACUCUCUCUUGUCUCAGCUCGCCAAAUCCAACCCCUCCCUCUCCCUCGAAACACGCCAUGUUUCCUCCCUCAUUCAGCAGCGUCUCAAGAAGAUGUUUCCUUCUUUCCACACCCCCACGCACCCUCCUUAUGCAUUGAUGAUACAUAGGGCAAUAUCGGAGCUAAAUGAUAAUAAAGGGUCCACUGAAGAAGAAAUUUCUAAUUUCAUUGUAAAGGAGUAUGAGGAUUUGCCAUGGGCACAUAAGAAGAUUUUGGGUAUUCAAUUGGAGAAGCUUUGCCAGGAUGAGGAGAUUGUGUGUAAUGAGGGUGGCAGAUAUGUUCUACAGGCUGAUGGUGAUGGAAUAGAUGGUGAUCGGAAGGGGAGACAAGAAUGUAAGAGUAAGAGGAAGAAGAGAGGAAAGAAGAGAAGUCAGCAUAGCAUGGAUGGAGGUGGAGAGCGAAAGCGGAAAAGAGUAAAAAUCUGUGAAGAGAUUGAGAAGAGUGAUAAGCCUAAAGAGGGAAGAGAUGAGGCACAACAUCAGGUUUAUGAUUUAGGUGAUGUUAGGACUGAUGAGCCAAUUAGUGUGGUGAAAUGGAUGGAAGAGAAGGGCGAAGAAGCACUUGACCAGUCAGCUGAAAGGGUUGGAGAGCAGAAUAAAUCACAAGGGGCUGGAGUUGUAGAACAAUAUGUUGAAGCAGAGCCUCUAGCACAGGAGUUACAGGAUCAGUACUCCAUAGUGCACCCAGAAACAAUUUGUUCAGAAUGUGUACUGUCAGAAGGACAAUUGAAACAACAAAUGUCUUCUUUGGAUGUUCCUGAACAAAAGCAAGAUGGGAACUCAGUAUCUGGUGAUCCUGAGAAGCAUUCUCCAAAGCGCCAAUGCAGAGGGGGGCACCUGAAAUCUAAGCCAGUUGCAGACGAUCAAGAGGAGUGCUUUUUACCGUUACGUGACCUUAUUCUUGAUGCACAAAAGCCCAAGGUAAAUAUUAUCGAGAAUCAGUGGCAGUCAUCUCCUCAAGUUCAAGUUGCAGGUCAAGGAAAGCACAAGGAACCAACAAUGUUUAAAAACACAGCUAUGUUAGCUCCUGAGAAUGUUCAUAAUGAUCAACCGCUACAUGGAAAUCAAGGAUAUGAGAAUCCAGUGUCUGGGAAUGUUGAGCAUCGUCCAGCUAAGCGUCCCAGAGGAAGGCCCCGAAAGUCAGAGACUGAUGCAAACAACCCAAGGGAGUAUAGUCGUGGCAGAGGCAGAGGCAGAGGCAGAGGUACUGGUAGAGGUCUAGGUCUAGGUCGAGGUAGAGGUCGUGGUCGGGGAAGGCCUCGUAAAAUAGAUCAAGAUGCAAAUCAUUCUGAGCAGCAAUUGCAAACGGAUGAUCAAGAUCAGCAGAAUUCUAGUGGUAGGGGUAGAGGUAGAGGUAGAGGCAUCAGUGGAGGCAGAGGUGAUGGUGUAGGUCGAGGUAGAGGCAAGGGGAGUGGUAGGGGGAGAGGGAGGCCUCGGAAAAUAAAGCUAGACACAAACACAAACCAAUGUGAGGAGCAGUUACAAUCACAAGAUCAUGCUGAAGGUCUGGUUAACUUAGGUAAUCCAAUUGAGGACGAUAAUCAAAGUUUGCAGCAGAAGCAACAACCAGAUGGUCAGCAGCAACAAGAGCAAGAUCAAGGUUUGGUUUCAGAAUCAAAACCUGAAUCAGAAGAGGCCUCUAAACCUGCUUUCGGAUAGGAACCAGAGGCACUGGUUGAGACUCAAUUACAAGCACCUGAACCCCAGGAUAAUAUGGCCUCUUAAACCAGAUCCGAGGCAGUCCUAGCUGCUCCUCUAUGCUUAGCAACCUCUAUGAGGUUGGAACCAUGGACUUUCUCUGACAAGUCUCUCACUUUUCGACCCAACUUAGGCGCAUGGAACAGUCUUUGCCUUCCUUUUUCUCGACAAAGCAGAUCCUGAUUGAUUUUGCAUGUGAAUGGAAGUUUGGAAUAAGAAGUUAACUCGAGCAAUUUUCUUGUGGGAUCUGGAGUUUGUCAUUCUUGUAGCUGCAGUAGAUAUUUCAAUUAGAGUUUAUGGAGUAUCACAGUUUAUUUCAAUCAUUUUGUUCCUUGUUUUUUUUUGUGGUAACUUAUCCGCAUGGUGGAUUGUUGAUUGUUAUAGAUAUUAGAUAACAAAACAAAAGCCAAUUGUUCUAAUUAUUAUCCUAGGUGCAAAUUGAUUGAUGUGCAUUUUCAUGAUCAUGAUAUAAUUCGAAAAGCAACAGAUGUUAUGUGCAAA